UUCUUAUUAAGAAAGAAAAGAGAAGACAGAAAAAACCAUUACUGUCAGAGAAGAAACCUUUCCAUUUUCCUUUCCAGUUAUGAAUUAAUCAAGUCCAUAUAUCUUUGUAAAAGCGACUAAUCAAGCGAAUCAAUUACUUGAAAAGAUAAAAGAAUUAUUUACUGCUACUAUUGUAUCAUAGAAAACACGCGCGUUUACAUUUAGAUCGUUUGACCAUAACAGUUUUCUUGUGGACGUGAUAACUUAUGGAUCGACUGACUGACAAGAUAGAAUAGUAUCAUUGAAACAGAAAUAGUCGUAUUCGAUUAUUUUUCGAUGAUUCUAUGAUAAAUUAUCGUUUAUUAAACAUGGACAAGCGAAUAAUAGAGGAUCAAUAUUUGAAAAUCAAUAAAUUUUUUGGACAGCUAGUUGGUGUGUGGCCUUAUCAGCAAAGAUUCACCAAGUUUUGCAUAAGAUUCAUUACAUCUGUUAUAGUGGUCCUUACUCUUGCAGCACAGAUAUCACGGGUAAUAAUGUUUUAUAGUAUAGACGUUUUAUCAGAUCAAUUGCCAUAUCUGGACGUAGGAUUCGUCCUCUUGUUCAAACAGUACAAUUAUAUCCUAAACGAGGAUAAGCUCAGAGAACUUUUGAACGAAAUUAUAUCCGAUCGGUUGAUAAAACGAUCGAAGGAAGAGUUAGAGAUUUUGGAAAUGUAUUUAAAAAGAGCAAAAGUGCUUUCCACUGUUUACGAAGUUAGUAUAUUUUUCUGCGGCUUCAUGUUCCUCCUUAUACCAAGUAUACCACCUAUUUUGAACAUCAUCUCGCCCUUGAACGUGUCGCGUGGCCGCGAACUAAUCUAUCCAUCUUAUUAUUUUGUGGAUGAAGAGAAAUAUUAUUAUCCCAUAUUAAUGCACAUGAUAGCAGUUGCGUUAAUACUGACUUCAGUAUACGUAGCCUGCGAUACAUAUUUGGUUUACAUCGUACAUCAUGGAUGCGCCUUGUUAGCUAUCAGUGGGUAUCGUUUCAAGCACGCGGUGGAUGACAUUAAGCUUUGUGGAGAAGAUUACAUUGACUCGUUAAUGGAUGAAACUUACACGAAAGUUAGACAAUCCAUUAAAGCACACAAAACAGCCGUUGAAUACGUGGAUAAAAUAGAUGCCUGCCACAUACAUUACUUCUUACUUAUCAUAGGAAUGAUAGUAUUAGCUUUCACCGGUACUUUCGUAAAGUUGUCAUCGAUGGAAGUGAAUGUCAGGUUUUUCACGUUCUGCGCAUUCACUGUUGGCCAGUUGACACAUCUGUUUUUUUUAACGAUUAUGGGACAGUUUCUGAUAAAUGCCAACGACGAAAUUUUCAAAACAGUAUAUGAAGCGUAUUGGUACAAUGGUUCGUCGAGAACGCAAUCGUUGUAUAUACUGGUACUACGAAAAUGUUUGAGCCCGCCAAAAUUGACAGGAGGAGGAUUGGUUGCUUUGAAUUUGGACAGCUUUUUACAGAUCUUAAAAGCGUCAUUUUCAUACUAUACCGUAUUUAGAUCGUAAUAAAUUGAUGAAAUA